AUGGGAAGAUACAACACGAAGAGAACAGAGAUGAAAAAAAUUGCCUCUUUUUUUUCCCCCCUUUGUCUUUUUAUCCUCCUCGCCUACUUAAACAAUGUGAAAUUGGCAGGAUGUGUUAGUAGGGCCAUCAGAAGGGGCGCUGGGAAAAAUGCAAGGACAGCUGAAUGGAAACAUAGCAUGGAACCCCUGGACGGGCAGCAACAAUCGAAGCAAUCGCUACCAUCGGAACAAUCCCAAGAAACGCCACAAACGAAGCAGCCUCAAGUGACUGAUGGGAACACCAGCGAGGGAGCAAAGAAGGACAUGACUGAAGAAGAUGCACAGAACAAAAAGGGGAUCUACUCCUUCAUGUCACUCAAGUUCAUACCCUACCUGGUGUACGCACUAGCCAACCCGGGGGCUAAUCAAAACCCCACUCCAGUGGAAGAGAAGCACAUUUUCAAUUUUGAAAAAAGUCCAACAGUCAGAUAUAUGCUCAUGGCUCAGGAGCGCCGUGAUAACUUCAUGUAUAUGUUUUUUCUCGUCGUAUCUUUUGUAGUAGUCAUUUUAAUAGCAAUUUUUAUUUUCAAAUUUUUCUUCAACCUUUGA